UUUUGCAAAUGGUAGGAUUUGUUUUCUUCUUAUGGCUGAAUUAUAUUCCAUUGUGCAUAUGUAUCACAUCUUUUUUAUCCAUUCAUCUACUGAUGGACAGGGAGGUUGUUUCCACUUCUUGGCUGUUGUAAAUACUGCUGCAAUAAACAUAGGGGUGCAUGUGUCAUUUUCAAAAUGGGCUGCUCUAUUUUUAGGGUAAAUUCCUAGAAGUGGAAUGCCUGGGUCAAAUGGUAUUUCUAUUUUGGGCUUUUUGAAGAACUUCCAUAUAGCUUUCCACAAUGGUUGAGUGAUUUUACAUUCCCACGAACAUCGUAGGAGGGUUCCCCUUUCUCCACAGCCUCGCCAACAUUUGUUGUUGUUUGUGUUUUGGAUGGUGGUGAUCCUUACUGGUGUGAGGUGAUAUCUCAUUGUGCUUUCAAUUUGCAUUUCUCUGAUGACAAGCCAUGUGGUGCAUCUUUUCAUGUGUCUAUUGGCCAUCUGAAUUUCUUCUUUGGAGAACUGUCUGUUCAGCUCUCCUGCCCAUUUUUUAAUUGGUUUAUUUGCUUUUUGUUUGUUGAGCUGUGUUAGCUCUUUAUAUGUUUUGGAUGUCAACCCUUUAUCAGAUCUUUCAUUUAUGAAUAUAUUCUCCCUUACUGUAGGAUGACCUUGUGUUCUGUUGAUGGUGUUCUUUACUGUAUAGAAGCUUUUAAGCUUGAUAAAGUCCCAUUUGUUCAUUUUUCCUUUUGUUUCCCUUGCCUGGGUAGAUACGUUCACGAAGAAGUCGCUCAUGUUUAUGUCCAAGACAUUUUUGCCUGUUUUUGUCUAAGACUUUUAUGGUUUCAUGACUCACAUUCAGAUCUUUGAUCCAUUUUGAAUUUACUUUUGUGUAUGGGGUUAGACAGUGAUCCAUGUUUCCUCCUUUUUUGCAGCCAUCACAUUGGCCGUUGGAGCUAUGUCCCUGACCACCAGCAGUGGGACCAGUAGCUCAGUCUUUGGCGGCACCACCUCAUCACCCUUGAUGUCCAGGGUGUGAGCAGGUCCCGCUGGCAGAGGGCGCUUUUGGAUGAGCAUGGAUGCCCCCCACAGCAGCUCCACCACUGGGACAUUUGUCUUUGGGUCAGGACGGAGUGGGAGAACUGGUCUCAAGAACCCUUUCUGGGGAGCGUUGAAACUGAGCUCCCUGGAUGCAGCUGGCCAGAGCACACCCUCUACCUUCCACCUGGCCAGCACACCUCAGGACACAUCUGGGAUUGCAGCCAUCACUUUGGCCUUUGGAGCUAUGACCCUGACCACCAGCAGCGGGACCUGUAGGUCAGUCUUUAGCGGCACCACCUCAUCGCCCUUUACAUCCAGGGUGUCAGCAGGUCCCGCUGGCAUCGGGGGCUUUCGGAUGAGCAUGACUACCCCCCACAGCAGCUCCACCACUGGGACAUUUGGCGUUGGGUCUGUACGUAGUGGGAGAACUGGUCUCAGGAACCCUUUCUGCGGAAGGUUGAAUCCGAACUCCCUGGAUGUGGUUGGCCAGAGCACACACCCUCUAUCUUUCACAUGGCCAGCACACAUCAGGACAAAUCUGGGAUUGCAGGUAAGAUUUGGAUAUGGAAUUUAA